GAAGUAGGGCAGAUGGCUACGGAUAGCAUGCCGGCCCAGGGCCCAUCUCACAAGACAUUCCAGAAACGUUUUCAACAAUACGUGGCAAAGAAGUUCAGAUGCGGUAGAGGCGACGACGUUGUCACUGGAGCAUACAACAUGCCGGUAGCGAGGUCAGCUAGACCGAGUGCGGCGCCGUCGUCCAGACCGAGCGAGGCGCGUACAAGCCAUGGGCAGUGCGGGGAGGGUCCGAGUACUAGAACGACAUUGCCACGACAUGACUCAUCUCUGCCACUGCAUCGCUCUUUUUCGAUGCAGCUUCGUCAGGGGCAGACUUCUUAGGACCAUGGCACGGGCUUGGAUUCGAUGCCCGAGCAGUUUCUUUCCCCUAACCCAUAUGCGUACACAGGAUAUGAUGCAUACACCCAAGGUGAGGGAUCUCAGCUGUAUCUCUCCACGCGAGGGAUCCCCAUGCCCGAGGAGACUCGUGUACCAGAUUUAAACCAGCACCACGUACAAUGGCCAGACAGUAUAGGAGAGGGAUCUGAUCAGGACAUACCUGAUGUUAAUUGGGGCGAUGAGAACACCCAACGUGGCGUCAACACAGGCCUCCGGGGAGCAUCACAUGAUCAUGACGUCAACACAGGCCUCUGGGGAGCAUCACAUGAUCAUGGCGACACGGUUACAUCAUUAGUUACAGAGUUCUUCGGAGGGGACGUUAUUGGCCCAUCUUUUAUCCCCGCGGAGUCACAACCAUACGCCUACAAUUACGCUUUAGGUUCGCAACAAGGAUUCGCGACUCCACCACCUACGCAGGACUCGCAGACACAUGAAGCCGAAUUCGAGUACGGUCGCGGUCUUCGUGUAACUCGGCCACCUAAUCGCUUGUCGCCUUCCGGUCGUAAGGAAAGUCCAGGUGGUCAUCGUAAAGUAGAGUGAUUCAUCUAUCCACAUGCGCGACCCAUUGUAUCUACAUAUGUCUGUAUCCGACUUUUCGAUUUGAACAUUUAUGUAUGCUGAAAUAAAAGUGCACCAG